AAAAGAGAGCUCCACCUCUCUUCCAGUAUCCUCCUGUCACCCUACAUAAAACUUGUAGGAGAGGCAGGUUUUGAAGCAUCUUCCCGUUUAUAGGGAAAGGGGCUAAGGAGCCAAGGAUAUUUCACUAAAAUGUCAAAAGAUUUAUCAGCAACACCUGAAAUCCCUAAAGAAGAUGGCAGACCCAAGUGGGACAAUAAGUUCCAGUAUAUUUUAAGCUGUAUCGGAUUUGCUGUUGGUCUGGGGAACGUGUGGCGAUUUCCAUACUUGUGUCAGAUACAUGGAGGCGGGGCUUUCCUGAUCCCAUACUUCAUUGCUCUGUUCUUCGAAGGAAUCCCACUGUUGCAUCUUGAAUUGGCCCUAGGACAGUGCCUGAGGAAAGGCAGCAUUGGUGCCUGGAACACUGUCUCGCCUUAUCUUGGAGGCGUUGGUGUUGGUUCGUGGGUGGUGUCCAUUCUGGUGAGCUUAUACUACAACACUGUUUUAACCUGGGUGAUGUGGUAUCUCAUAAACUCCUUCCAAGAACCUCUUCCUUGGAGUGUUUGUCCUCUAAACGCAAACAGAACAGGGUUCAACAAAGAAUGCUAUGAAAGCUCUGCAGUAAAUUAUUUUUGGUAUAGGAAGACUUUGAACAUAACACCUGAUAUCACUGAGAGUGGCACAUUACAGUGGUGGCUCAUUUUGUGCUUAGCAACUUGCUGGGCAAUUGUCUAUCUCUGCACCAUCCGAGGAAUUGAAACCACAGGAAAGGCAAUUUACGUAACAGCAAUAUUUCCUUACCUGGUCCUGACUAUAUUCCUUAUUCAAGGACUCACUCUACCAGGAGCCACAGAUGGUCUGGCUUACCUCUUCACCCCUAAUCUGAACACUUUGAAAAAUCCCCGUGUAUGGCUUGAUGCAGCUACCCAGAUUUUCUUCUCUCUCUCUUUGGCUUUUGGAGGGCUUAUUGCAUUCUCAAGCUACAAUCUGCCAAAAAACGACUGUGAAAAGGAUGCUGUGACAGUAGCAAUUGUGAACAGCAUGACAUCCCUCUACGCUUCCAUUCCAGUCUUUUCUGUUUUGGGGUUUAAAGCAACCACAGCCUACUGGGACUGCUUGGACAGGAACAUUAUGAGUAUCAUUAAUGAAUUUGAUCUUCCGGAAGAGAGCAUCAUGAGACAAAACUAUACCUCCUGGAUUAGUUUCCUAAAUUCAUCACAUCCAGAAAAAAUUGCUGGACUCAAACUGAAGAACUGUGACCUUCAAGAAUUUCUUGAUCAGAGUGUAUCAGGAACUGGCUUGGCUUUCAUCGUUUUCACUCAAGCUAUCAUUCUCAUGCCAGGCUCCCAGGCCUGGGCCAUCCUGUUUUUCAUAAUGUUGUUCAGUUUGGGCCUUUCUUCGAUGUUUGGAAACAUCGAGGGUGUCUUCACUCCUCUUCUAGAGCUUCAAAUUGUAUCUAAAUCCACACCCAAAGAGUUAUUAUCUGGUAUAAUAUGUCUAAUUAGCUUCCUCAUUGCUCUGUGUUUUACACUGGGUUCAGGGAGUUACUGGAUUGACAUUUUUGACAGAUAUGCAGGCUCAGUGCCUCUUCUAGUCAUUGCUUUCUUUGAAGUAAUUGGAGUUGUGUAUGUCUACAAAAUUAAAAGGUUCAGUAAAGAUGUGAAAUGGAUGACUGGUCGAAAACUCAAUCUCUACUGGCAAAUCACAUGGAGGUUUAUCAGCCCUCUGCUCCUGCUAAUUGUCUUCAUGGCCUUUGUUACUCUUCAGAUGCUGAGGCCGCCAAGUUACUCAGCCUGGAACCCUAAAUAUGAAGGCUUCCCCAUGAAACAGGAGAAAGUUUAUCCACCUUGGGUACAGGCAAUCUGUGUGCUGUUAGCUGCCCUUCCCUGCACAUGUGUACCUCUGGUAGCACUCUUCCAUCUGAUCAAACAGAAGCGCAGAAGCAAGGACACAAGCCUUGUAUCACCAGAAGUAUUUUCAUGUCAGGGGGCUAAUAGCAACUUUCCUUAUCCAAAAGAAUAAAUACCCAUUGUAUUGCUCUGCAAG